CUGCUCUCCCCCUGGUUGCCAGGGAGCGGAGUCCAGUCAGUGACGUCACGGGAAAAGAUGGCGGAGGAGAACAUCUUCCUGUUUGUGCCCAACCUGAUCGGCUAUGCCCGGAUACUGUUUGCCUUCGUGGCGUUUUAUUUCAUGCCAACCUCCCCCCUGGUGGCCUCCACAUUCUACCUGCUCAGCGGCCUGCUGGACGCCUUCGAUGGACACGCAGCUCGAGCGCUCAACCAAGGAACCAAGUUUGGCGCCAUGCUGGACAUGCUGACCGACCGUUGUGCCACCAUGUGUCUCCUGGUAAACCUGUCCCUCCUCUACCCAUCGUACACCCUGCUGUUCCAGCUCAGUAUGAGUCUGGACAUCGCCAGUCACUGGCUGCACCUACACAGCUCCAUCCUGCAAGGAAGUGACAGUCACAAGACGAUUGACCUGAGUGGUAACCCUGUGCUGCGCUUGUAUUACACCUCCCGGCCUGUGCUGUUUCUGAUGUGCGCUGGCAACGAGCUCUUCUACUGCAUGCUGUAUCUGCUGCACUUCACCGAGGGACCAGCAGUGGCGCUCGGAGCAGUCGGUAUUUUCCGCCUUAUCUUCUGGGUCAGCUGUCCUAUCUCUCUGGUGAAAUCCGGCAUCAGUCUUCUGCACCUGGUCACUGCCUCCUGCAACAUGGCCGCCCUGGACUGCGCUGAGCGCGCCAAAAAGAAGUAAACGCUAAUGCAGGGAAGUCCUAGAUAAAAACGAGUUAUAUGCUGGUAUAAUUUAUUACCCCCAGUGUUAAUCCUUACACUGUAUCCACAAACUAUCCUGUGCCCUUUAAACUCGCCAAGGCCACCUUUCCCCAAACGGCCUUCUUACCCUGAGGCUGUCAAGUAUUAGCGCCACCUUGUGGCUCCCCCAGGCACUGACUAUAUCUAAUCCUUGCAGUCAUUUUCUAGGUGGGGAAUGAUCGCACUCUAGGCUUGUUUUUUAGGGUGAGCUGUAAAUCCUUCUUCUCUUGAACUGCUAAUUCUCCUCAGAACACUGAAAAUAUCAUAAUUUUUAUACUAUUUAAAUGUUGGGGUGAACUAUGGUUUUUUUUUAAUGUAUUUGCAAUUACCGGUAUGUAUGAUUUAAUUUAAGUUGAUAUUACUGUUCAUGUGUAA